AAAGAAAAAGAGGAGGAGGAGGAGGAGGAGAGGUUAAAAACAGUGAAAGCGGAAGCAUUAGAUAUUUAGCAGGUCCACCGUUUUUUUUUGAUAUUUCAUAGACACGAGAGGAAGGGAUGAUUAUGAUGAUGAUGAUGAUGAGAGCGAAAUAGAUAGAGAUAAAAAAGAAAAAGAACAAGAACAAGAACAAGAACAAGCGUUGUUGUUGUUGUUGUAAUGGAGGACAUGGAGAUGGAGGAUGAGAAGAAGCAGCAGCAGCAGCAGCAAUCGCUGGCGAACAGUCUCGUCAGAGUUUACGCCGAUGGCAUCUACGAUCUCUUCCACUUCGGCCACGCUCGCUCCCUUGAGCAAGCUAAGAAAUCAUUCCCAAACGCCUAUUUGCUGGUUGGAUGCUGCAACGAUGAAACUACGCACAAGUAUAAGGGUAAAACUGUUAUGACUGAAUCUGAGCGCUAUGAAUCCCUUCGCCAUUGCAAGUGGGUUGAUGAAGUUAUUCCUGACGCACCAUGGGUGAUCAAUCAGGAAUUUCUUGACAAGCAUAACAUUGACUAUGUGGCCCAUGAUUCUCUUCCUUAUGCUGAUGCUAGUGGUGCUGGAAAAGAUGUCUAUGAAUUUGUUAAAGCAGUAGGAAAGUUCAAAGAAACCAAACGCACUGAUGGAAUUUCUACAUCAGACAUCAUUAUGAAGAUUGUCAAAGAUUAUAACCAGUAUGUGAUGCGUAACUUGGACCGUGGAUAUACUAGAAAAGAACUUGGCGUUAGCUAUGUGAAGGAAAAGCGAUUGAGGGUGAACAUGAGACUGAAGAAGUUACAGGAGAAAGUUAAGGAACAACAAGAAAAGAUUCAAACUGUUGCCAAAACUGCUGGCAUGCAUCGCAAUGAAUGGGUGGAAAAUGCUGACCGCUGGGUUGCUGGAUUUCUUGAGAUGUUUGAAGAAGGUUGCCAUAAAAUGGGAACAACCAUCAGGGACAGAAUUCAAGAGCGUGAAGGAAAUUCUCAGCAAACAGGCUCCACACAUCUGCUGCAAAAUGAGGCUGAUGAUGAUGACAAAGAAGAAUACUAUGAUGAUGAUGAUGAUGAGAGUGAGGAAUAUUAUGAUGAAGAAGAGUACUAUGAGGAAGAGAAGAGGCAGGAAGAGAAGAGACAAGAAGAGAAGAGGUAAAAACGUUUUUUUUCCUGUUCUCAUUGUUGGUAUAUAGCAGUGGAUUGUGCCAGGUUUUGAUACUUGUUCUUGUGGUUUAUUUACCGAAAGUAGUACUGAAAAGGUGGUUUGGCAGUUGGUUUUGACCACAGUGAUAGCUGGAGAGGGAUAUGUUGAACCUAGCAAAACCAUUUUAGCUAUUUGUUUUCUGGUGUGGUUGGAUUGUAACAAAGAAUAGGUGAAAUUAUUGUGCUUGCAAGCAACAAAAACUGAGGAAGUAGUAGGAUGAAAUUUUACAUGAGGAUGCAAAGAAAUUUAUCCCAACCGUUAUGUUAUACACAAAAACGAAACACAGAAAUGAACAUGGAUGUACAUGACUGAAGUUCUUACAGAAUUUAUUGGUUGACUCACUUUUGAAA